AUGGACUCUCAAGCGACCAUGAUCUCCACCUGCGAAGGCAUCGAAGCUCUCAUCGACGACAUCCAACAGCUGCCGACUGGAACACCAUCUCUCUUCAUCGACCUCGAAGGCAUCCUAGACAUCCACACCCUCGGCCAAGCAGCAUUCUGCACGGAUAACAGCGACGGUCUGACACUGCAACACAUACUGGAAGCGGACGAUGUCCCAAAAGUCUUCUUCGACGUCCGCAAUGAUUCCGAUGCACUUUUCAGCCACUACGGGGUCAAGCUUGCAGGGAUCGAGGAUAUACAGCUCAUGGAGGUCGCAACUCGGACUGGCGGGAGGGAGUUUGUCCACGGGCUGGCCAGGUGCAUCGACCGGGAUCUCAGCAUGCCGGCAGUGGAAAGAACCAGAUGGCAAGCUAUCAAGAAUAAGGGACUUGCUCUGUACCAUCCGGCGAAGGGCGGUAGUUACGAAGUCUUCAACGAGCGACCUCUUCAUCCGGAUAUGCUGGCGUACUGUGGAGGCGAUGUAGCCAAGCUGCCAGAGCUAUACCAGGUCUAUCGUGCAAAGUUGAGUCCACCUGGCCAGGCAUUCUGGCGCCACGAAUUGAAGCUGGCUACCGAAGCAAGAGUGCAAGCAUCGCAAGCUCCGGGGUAUGAGCCUCAUAGCCAAACAAAGGCACGUAGCCCAUGGAACGACAAUUACAUCCAGUCAGCCAGGAAGCGGUGGAACCAGGCUGUCAAGAACAAGCCGCCGAACGACUCUUCCAAGUCGAAGGCGUGA